UUCUAGAAACCAUAUGUCGCAGAGUUGAUAGCAUCAACUAUGAACCAAAGUUUGCUGAUAAAACUGUUCUAAAUGCUUUGAGGAAACACUGUGAAAAAAAAAAAAAAAAAAAAAAUCUGUUCUAAAUGGUUCCCAAAAUCUCAGCCAAUUUGAACCGCUAAAAAAACCCCUCCAUGAUUUUCCAUUCUACGGGACCCAAUCCGACGACCCUUCGAAAUGAUUUUCUUGUUCCUUUCUUCGUCCAACUGACACAUGUUCUUAGCUCCUCCGUCAUUCUCUUUUUUUGAUAGGUAUAGCUCCUCCAUCAUUCUCAUCAGCCUCACUAGCUUUCUCUUCUAUUACACAUAGAUUUCGAUCAUUGUCCACUUGAGGGAAUCUUGUACUACUCUCAGUUUCCAAAAUCCGCAACUGGGUUUUGUUCCUCUCUCAGUUUCCUCAACUGGGUCUGCCUCAUUUUCCACUAAAUCAUCACUAGCUCGUUGCUGAUCGCAAGAACUUUAGCUAGUUUUCUCAGAGGCAAAACGUUGAACAGUUGAAUGGCAUCUGCUGGGUCACUUCCUUUCACCAUUGAGACGAAGUCUGAGAGCCCUGUGCUUCUUCACAGUGUAAAUCAUAGCCGACCUAGGUUCUCUUUCUUCGUGUACCGCCCCAGAAAGCCGCUUGAUUAUGCUGGUUUCUCUUUGAGCUGUGAUAGACUGAUAUGUGGAAGCGGUAGAGGACAGCAAUGGAGAAUUACGCUUCCGAAGGUGAAAGCCAAGGACUUUGCGGAAAGUGAGGAUGAUAGCAAUGAAGUGGACGAUGCUCUUCAGGCCACAAUCGAAAAGAGCAAAAAGGUUCUUGCCAUGCAAAGGGACCUACUUCAACAGAUUGCUGAAAGAAGGAAUCUGGUUUCAUCUAUAAAAGAUAGUAUUAUAAAUCAAGAGGAUGAAGAAGUAUCUUAUGAAGGAAGGGGAAGCUCUUCUCCAAAUCCAGAUCUUGCUUCAGCUGGUGAUAAAUCUGUUGAUGACAAUAAUAGUGGCAUUCCUUCCAACAACUAUGCCCGUUUGACUGUAGAUGAGGAGCUGGAAACGCUACCUUCAGAUAUUAGUAGAGAUUUUAAUGAAGUAAAGAAGGAAUCUGAAGAAGUGGCACCUCUAAGAAAAACAUCCUCUGAUGUUGACUCCACCAGUCAUUUAAAAGAAACUAAUUCAGAAAAAGUUUGGUCGGAUGGGCUGCCUUCCUUUCUUUCUAGUCCCUCCGAAAGUUCCAGCAUAACAGAUAAAAAGCAUGAAAUUUUCAACAAAACAAGUUUAGCAGAGGUGGAUGGUGAAGCAAAUGAUCCAGCAAUUGAAGAAGUCAAACCCCCUCCUUUAGCUGGGGCCAAUGUUAUGAAUGUUAUAUUGGUAGCAGCAGAAUGUGCUCCAUGGUCUAAAACAGGUGGGCUUGGAGAUGUUGCUGGUGCUUUGCCAAAGGCUUUGGCUCGGCGUGGACAUCGUGUUAUGGUAGUAGCACCUCUGUAUCGGAAUUAUGUUGAACCCCAAGAUACAGGAGUUCGGAAGAGGUAUGUGGUAGAUGGCCAGGAUAUAGAAGUAUGUUACUUCCAGGCCUAUAUCGAUGGUGUGGACUUUGUUUUCAUUGAAAGUUCUCUGUUUCGCCAUUUGGAUAAUGUAUACGGAGGAAAUCGUGUGGAUAUUUUAAAACGCAUGAUACUAUUUUGCAAGGCAACUGUUGAGGUCCCUUGGCUUGUUCCAUGUGGUGGUGUCUGCUAUGGAGAUGGAAAUUUGGUUUUCAUUGCCAAUGAUUGGCAUACAGCAUUGUUGCCAGUGUAUCUGAAGGCAUACUAUCGGGACAAUGGUUUAAUGCGCUAUACAAGGUCCAUCCUUGUAAUUCAUAACAUAGCUCACCAGGGUCGGGGGCCUGUUGAUGAAUUCACCUAUCUCGGUCUUCCAGAACACUACUUGGACCUUUUUAGAUUGUAUGAUCCUGUAGGAGGUGAUCACUUAAAUAUCUUUGCAGCUGGUUUAAAGACAGCAGACCGUGUGAUUACCGUUAGUCAUGGAUAUGCCUGGGAAAUUAAAACUUCUGAAGGCGGUUGGGGUUUGCAUGGGAUCAUAAAUGAGAAUGACUGGAAAUUGAGGGGCAUUGUGAAUGGAAUUGACAUGAAAGAUUGGAACCCACAAUAUGAUGUUUUCUUGACAUCAGAUGGUUACACAAACUACUCCCUUGAAACACUUAAGACUGGAAAGCCUCAGUGCAAGGCAGCCUUACAGAAGGAGCUUGGUCUGCCCAUUCGUGAGGAUGUCCCUGUGAUCGGUUUCAUUGGGAGACUGGAUCAUCAGAAAGGUGUUGAUCUAAUAGCCGAGGCAAUUCCAUGGAUGAUGGGUCAGGACGUGCAACUAAUCAUGUUGGGCACUGGCAGACCUGACCUGGAGCAGAUGCUCAGGCAGUUUGAAAACCAACACCAGGACAAAAUCAGGGGCUGGGUUGGUUUUUCUGUUAAGACAGCACACCGUAUAACUGCUGGCGCAGACAUUUUGCUCAUGCCGUCAAGAUUUGAGCCUUGUGGACUGAACCAAUUAUAUGCUAUGAGCUAUGGGACAGUUCCAGUUGUGCAUGCUGUUGGUGGACUGAGAGAUACUGUGCAACCUUUCAAUCCAUUUGAUGAGUCAGGGCUUGGGUGGACAUUUGAUAGUGCUGAAGCAAAUAAGCUAAUAGAUGCAUUAGGAAACUGCUUACUCACUUACCGAGAGUACAAGCAAAGUUGGGAAGGACUCCAGAGACGAGGGAUGAUGCAAGACUUAAGUUGGGACAAUGCUGCUCAAAAGUAUGAGGAGGUGCUUGUUGCUGCCAAGUACCAAUGGUAAAUCUUUGGUGUGUGAUAUGUACAAAUUUUAACUUCUUGCAAGCUCAAUAAAAGUAGGCUCAUAUAUUUGGGGCUCAUCAAUGCUGGAGCAAUUUCAUUGCCAAAGUUUCUUAGGGAAAGAAACUGUGAAAGUUUGAGGGUAAAUAUUAUUGGAAGAUAGUACCAAUUUUUGGGCCAAUUAACUUUUUAUUUUGUACUUUUGAGUACAAUUAUUGGUAACUAAUGAAGUCAGAUUCAAUGGUUA